CUUUACACUGUCCUGCAGAGGGCAGGACUGUGCCGUAAGGAAUCCAAAGCUCCCUGAAACAAUCAAGAAGAAGCAGAUUGAAUAGGACGCAUGCGCUCUUCGACGAGAUAUUAUUUUAAUUUUGUCGAUUACAAACUGGAAAUGACAUCUCUGUGUGGAAUCAACAAUGGUGACCAAGAUGCAAGUCAACACUCGGCAGAAAAAGAGGACAAGGAGCAUCCUCGUGUACUUAUUCCUGAACUCUGCCGGCUUUUCUACCAGCUUGGAUGGGUUACAGGGACAGGCGGAGGAAUCAGUUUGAGAAGAGGAAAACACAUCUACAUUGCACCUUCAGGGGUCCAGAAAGAGAGAAUACAGCCAGAAGACAUGUUCGUUUGUGAUGUGGAGGAGCGCGACAUCAGCUGUCCGCCUGCCUGGAAGAAGUUAAAGAAGAGCCAAUGCACUCCACUCUUUAUGAACGCCUAUAGAAUGAGAGGUGCACAGGCAGUGAUUCACACACACUCCAAAGCUGCUGUCAUAGCAACCCUGCUCUAUCCUGGUAAGGAGUUCAGGAUAACACACCAGGAGAUGAUUAAGGGGAUCCGUAAAGGCACCAGCGGCACCAACUAUUGCUAUGAUGACACUUUGAUCGUUCCUAUCAUCGAGAAUACCCCAGAAGAAAAAGACUUGAAAGAUCGCAUGGCACGGGCUAUGGAGGAAUACCCCGACUCGUGUGCUGUCCUUGUUCGCAGGCAUGGAGUGUACGUGUGGGGCGAGUCAUGGGAAAAAGCCAAGACUAUGUGCGAAUGCUAUGACUACUUGUUUGACAUCGCUGUUCAGAUGAAGCAAUGUGGACUGGACCCUUCAAGUUUACCAGUAGAAGAGAAAGGAAUCGUUUGAGGCACCUUUUAAAGAGACGCUUGUUACUAGGGAGGUCAGGAAAGUUCAAUCAGCAGAUUUUAAUCAUUUUCCUUUCAUGGCAUCCCUCCACAAUUUUGACCGUGAUUGCAGAUUCAGAGUUGAAGGCCUCUGAUCCGGAAGGACCUUGAGAGUACAGCUCCAAGCACUGUGGGGAAAAUCACAGUCUUUAGCAUUAAAAUAUCAUUCAGUUAAUCUGCAAUUGUGAUUUUGUGCAUUUACAUAAAUGGACUUGAAAGCAAAAAAAUGAUAUACUGUGUGAUGUAUUGUGUUUAAAAUCAGCAUAUUACUAAAUGAUGUAUGUUACACUGAAUGAAUUGAACUGAACUAACACUACUUUGUUUCAAGACCUAUUGACACUGCAUAAUAAAGAAAUGACACAAAUUAUUUAUUUUUUCUUGGUUACACACUUGCAGGUGAGUGUCUGCUUUGGCAUCAGACAGUGCUACAGUAGUAUACACUUGCACUCCAUGCUUCUAAUCCUCUGCAUACUCAAACAUUGUGGAAAUGAGAGUUGUCCCUUCAAUAAGCUCCCUCUUCUGUCCCAUUUCCUCAACCACUGUAUCUGCUCCAAACAGACUGCAGCCAAAUAAGUCACAAGCUUAUUUAAAUUUAAAUUGUGAGUAUCCUGAAAUGUUCCCAUCACGUCUUCUCACUGAUGAGGAACUCAUGCAAACUAAUUCAUGAAAGAAAUUUAACACUCACCCAUAAAUUGAAAUGACAUUGUGAAGCCCACAAUGUCAACGAAUCUGAUGUCAUAAUGAGACAAAAAUGAAGUGUUGUUACAGUUUUGUUUACUUUGAUAUUGUGUCGCCCGUGGGUGACUUGCGGAGGAAUUAUCUUUAAAAUGCACAUGACAAUGUUUAAGGGAGGGGGAAAUAUAUCCCUCAAAUAUAACCCUCAAGCCUGCAGAUACGACAAAGUCAGGCUUUUCUUGCACUUAUUAUUUGAAUUUUAAUAUGAACAUUUACCACUUGACAUUUGUAUGUAUUUUAUUAAUUGUUUAUUAACUCCCAUAUUGAGGGCAAGAUGUAAACUUUUUUUUUUCCUCAGUAGCCUCGGUGGCAAGUGGAUCCCUAGAGUUACGAGCCACUCAGCAUUUUCACUACCCAUUUCUACAGUAUAUUGUCAGAUAAUGGGGGUUGUGCUCAACCGUGUUCCACAUUUGGUUAAAAAGGUCAGCGAUAAAAAUGAAUUUAAAAAAACUAAAUCAAAAUAGAGAAAACAGUUGCUAAGAUGCAAUACUUGUAGCUUAGUGUGUCUUUUUUUAAGAUUUAUAUUUAUGAUGAGAGUGCAUUCUUUGUGUAUUGCUACCAAAAUGUACUUUUGCUAAGUGAAUUUAGGUGAUGUGACUUUCUACAUGUCUAACAUAGCAUUUUUCUUAUAUUAUGAAACUAAGAAGGUGUAUACUGUUACUGUAUUAAUGAUCAGAUUGUAUAUUAAUUAGUUUUCACAACUGACAUUUACACAGUAAUUCUAUUUGAAUUAGCAUGGUAUAAUCACUUUCUGCAUUAUAGUAUUUCAUUGUUAUACAGAAGUUUACACAUUGACUUGCAGUCAUCGAUUAAGAAUAAGGCAAUUUAGUACAUUGAUAAUGUAUGUUUUUCCUCCUAUGCUGUAUAGACAAAAUCACUAGUUUAACCUAGUUUUGCAUGCUGUAACAGAGUGCUCAAAUCACCUUUUGCAUAUGUAUUUCUGAUUUUGUGUAGUUAUGUUUUACAGUAUUUGAAUUCCGCACUGACUUGGUUAAAUGUCUCAAAACAGUUUUAAACUUGAAAUGGAUUUUUUGUUGUCGUAGUUUUUAAAGUUAAAGCUAAUAAAAUAAAGGAUUAAGACAUAUGGGUUAACAGUAAAGACAGGCAUUAUCCAUUAA